AUGGAUCGCAUCAAAGAGAAAAUAAACUCUCUCACCGUAAAAUUAGACACAGCUACCACCGAAAAUGAGGAACUAAAAGAGACGGUCAAGAAACUCCAAGCAGAGCAGUUGGAAAACGAGAACGAAAUUGCCGCCCUCAAGACGAGGCUUGAAAAAGCAGAACCUGCUCUUGACGCUGAGACUACAGAGCAGGAGAAGAGGAUACAGGAACUUACGGAGAAACUGAGCGUUUCUUCUAAUGAGAGAGACUGCUUUGAGCGAAAAGUACGAGCUUUGGAAGAGGACCGGGAUAACUGGGAAAAGAAGUAUGAUGAGAUGGUGAUGAAGUACAAGGAGGUGAAGACGGAGUUGGAUGAGUUCUCUCGGGGUUUGGAGCACAUAUAA